AUGUCCGGCGCAAACUCCCCCGAAAUCCUCGCAGCAUACGAAGCCGUCCGCUCAGACAAGGACCCAACGAACUACCUCAUAAUAAGUUACGCCUCAGCAGUAGGCGACAAACUCACCCUCACCAGCACCGGCACAGGCGGCCUCAGCGAACUAUCCUCCGCCCUCGACCCGGCACAAGCGCAAUACGCAUACGCGCGCAUCGAGUACGCCAACGACACGGAAAGCAAGCGCGUGAAAUUCAUCCUUGUGAUAUGGAUCGGCGAGGGCACAAAGGUCAUGCGCAAGGCCCGGGUGAGUAUUGAGAGCGGCGAGGUCAAGCGCGUGCUGGGUCAUCAUAGUAUACAGGUUGAUGCGAGGGAUAAGGGGGAUUUGGAUGAGGGGGAUAUUGUCGUGAGGUUGAGGAAGGCGGGCGGCGCGGAUUAUAAUGGGGGGGAGAGGCCUACCACUAAAUCUACAUACAUCUCCGAAGAUCGUAGCUUGUGCGAAGUUAAGGGAAGCGAGCUGAGUAUGGCUAUUGAGUUGUAG